CACAGUUACGAGAUAAAGUUGCAAAGGCAGGCUGGCCAGCGCGUUCCCGGAAGUGACGCAGGCGUCGCCGUGCGUGCAGACGGCUGCGUCGGCUGCAGGAGAAGAUGGCGGUCUCCACAGGAGUUAAAGUUCCUCGUAAUUUUCGCUUGUUGGAAGAACUUGAAGAAGGACAAAAAGGAGUAGGCGAUGGUACGGUUAGCUGGGGCCUUGAAGAUGAUGAAGAUAUGACACUUACAAGGUGGACAGGCAUGAUUAUUGGGCCACCAAGGACAAAUUAUGAAAACAGAAUAUAUAGCCUGAAAGUAGAAUGUGGACCUAAAUACCCAGAAGCUCCUCCAUCAGUUAGAUUUGUAACCAAAAUUAAUAUGAAUGGAAUAAAUAAUUCCAGUGGAAUGGUGGAUGCACGGAGUAUACCAGUGUUAGCAAAAUGGCAAAAUUCAUAUAGCAUUAAAGUUGUACUUCAAGAGCUUAGACGUCUAAUGAUGUCCAAAGAAAAUAUGAAGCUUCCGCAGCCACCAGAAGGACAAACAUACAACAAUUAAUUUUAGUGGAUCUUAAACUUGUCUUAAAUCAACAAUCUUCUCAUGUUAAUGUCUUGAUUAAAUAUCACAAUGCAAAAUACCCACAUAUUAAGUAAAAGAAUUCCAGCUGGUAAACAUGACUUGGAUACAUGUAAGAAUAUAUUUAAUAUAUGUACACCAUUAUGUUUUCGGGUAACAGGAGGGAAAAUGCAGCACAGUUUUUUUAAGACACUGUCAUUUAAACAUAAACCUGAGCACUCAAAAUAGAAUUCAGGUUUACAAGAUGAAAAUAUGGUGAGAAGCGUCAGAUAGCUGUGGAAGCAUGUGGAUUUCUAAAAAGUAGAAAUCUCAAGACAGAAAAAGAAAUGGCAUGCUUUAUCCAUCUUGCUUAGUGAAAGAGUUUUCAGUUUAAAUUGUCUAAAGUAGCAGGUACAAGCAUUUUGUCACAAAUUAUUUUAAUUUUUGAAGUGUGGGUAUUGACUACUAGUAGUAUCAAAAAUAUGUUCAGGAUUGUUUUGAUACCUGUAUUUAUAAUAAAAAAAUGUCGUGGGAAAGGUCGAUGAAUUUCUUUUAAAUGCUGUUCCUGUGUGUGACAUGUAACAGACAUGGUAAAUAUUUGUUUACAGUUUUGUUUGACAAACCAUGCAUUUAAGUUUAAGUGAAAUCAACAAAAAGGAAAUAGGUGUAUGGAUAUGUGAUUUUGAGAUUAAAGUUAGUCUUAAAAUGUAAAUAAAAUGUGGAUCGUGUCCUCAGAAA